UUUUUCUAUAUUACUUGCUUGUCUACCUCUUUAUACACCAUCGUUUCCAAAGAGAAGAACCAAGGAUUGGUUCGGUGAUCUUAUCCUCUCACAGCUACCACCAAAACAAAAACUCUCUCUUCAUCUCCUCCAUUGAUUCUACUGUGGAAAAAUAGAAAGUUUCAAGAGUUUUGUCAGAUGAAGGAAGAGUGAAGAAAUGGAGAAACGAGUGAGAGAAGAAAGCACCGUUCAACAACCUCCAUGGAUUCCUCAGACACCCAUGAAACCAAUUUCUCCGAUCUGCUCAAAUACUGUGGAGGAGCCAGUUCAUCGGAACCAGGUUGAAGAAAGGAGAUUUGUUGGGAACAAGGACAUGAAUAGUCUUGAUCACUUGUCUUUUGGGGAUUUGCUAGCUCUGGCCAACUCUGCAUCACUCUGUUUCUCCGGUCAGAUCCCAAAACUUACAAGAGACACAGAAGUGAUGGACAAAAGUAAGGAAGUCAUGGAGAGUGUGAUCUCACUGAGUAACAAUGUUGCUGAACAUAUCAUCAAGACUCCUGAAAAACCAAAGAGGAAGAAGCAUCGGCCAAAGGUUCUCAAAGAAGCUAAACCUAAGAAGGUACCUAAACCGCCAGCUCCAAGGAAAUCUAUUGUUGCUAAUGGACAAGAGACCAAAACACCAAAGAGGAAAUAUGUGCGGAAGAAGGUGGUCAGUAAGGAUCAAGAGUCAACUCCUGCUGAAUCAUCAGCAGCUGUAAAAAUUUCAACUCAUGCUAAGAAGCUUUGUAGAAGAGCUUUGGAUUUUGAACCUAAAAAGGGAGAUGAGAUGGAAUCAGCUGUUUUAGAUUCUGGGAAUCAAGGAUCCAAAGAUUGCCUUCUUUCGGUGCCUAGCACGCCCAAGAGAAAGCGCAGCCAAGGUAAAAGCAAAGGGAAGGAACCUGAGAACAAUGGUAGUUACCUAGAAGAAGUUGAUAUUUCCAUGGCUCAAGCUGCAAAGAGAAGACAAGGAAAAGAACCAACAACUGGCUGUGACAUGAAUCCAUCACAGAUUCAGUACCAUGAGCUAUGUGACUACCAGAAAAUACAUUGGUUGUAUUCCCCAAACUUACAACAGGAAGGGUUGAGAUCUGAUGCCAUUUGCAGCAAAUCAUUCGCUGGACAACAACACAAGGAUGUUUCUGCCUUUGACUAUAACUGCUACGGUUUCACAACUCAACCGAGUGGUAAUGGAGUCUUAACCAAUGAAGAAAAACGUGAAGGUGCCUUUCAAAGAAGGCAACAGUCUGAAUUCAAUGUUCUCUCGGAUAAGAUAGAUACACCAAUAAAGAAGAAAACUACAGGCCAUGCUCGAUUCCGGAAUUUGUCUUCCAUGAAUGAAGUUUCUGAGCUGUUACCCUCAGGAUAUCAUAUCAAACCACAGCAGAAGGAUAAUAAGCGAAUCAUUCAGUCUAAGAAAUCACAAACCAACCAGAAAACUCUUCUUCCGAAUCCUUUUCAGUUUCCAGCUUCAGUUUCUGGUCUUUCUCCAGAUGAAAUUUGGAAACAACGUUACUCGGUUGAAGCAAUCUGUGAGCAAUUGCGUCUAUUAGACAUCAACAGGGAGAGUUGUGAAACUGCUCUCAUUCCUUACUCAAUGAAAACUCAAGGAAACCAGAUUGUAAUCUUUGGAGGUGGCGCUGGAGCAAUUGUGCCUGUAGCUCCUGUCAAAAAACGGCGCCCACGACCAAAGGUUGACUUAGACGAUGAGACAGAAAAAGUGUGGAGACUGCUAUUGGAAAAUAUUAAUAGCGAGGGUAUUGACGGAUCAGAUGAGAAGAAGGCGAAAUGGUGGGAGGAAGAACGUAAUGUGUUUCGAGGACGAGCUGACUCAUUUAUAGCACGGAUGCAUCUUGUACAAGGGGAUCGACGUUUUACACCUUGGAAGGGAUCCGUUGUUGAUUCUGUUGUUGGAGUGUUUCUCACGCAAAACGUUUCAGACCAUCUUUCAAGCUCUGCUUUCAUGUCACUUGCUUCAGAGUUUCCCGUGACUUCCGUACCAAACAGUAACUUUGACGUUGGAACAAGCUCGACGCCCUCUAUUCAAAUAACUUACUUGGACUCAGAGGAGUCGAUGUCAAGCCCAGCCGAUCAGAAUCACAGUUCUGUUAUUUUAAAAAACACAGAGCCGGAUGAGGAGAAGGAUUAUGUUCAUAGCAACGAAACCUCCAGAAGUAGUAGUGAGAUUGCCAGCUCAGCCCAUGAAUCAGUUUGCAAAACCACGGAUUCAAAGAUGUAUGUGGAAUCAGAUCGAAAAGGCUCAAGUGUAGAGGUUGAUAAAACAGAUCAGGAGCGCUUUAUCCUAAACCUAUUUCCAUCUGAAGAUUCUGCACUUACAUGCCAAGGGUCAAUGGUUUCUGAUGCUCCUCAAAAUACAGAGAGACCAGGAUCAAGCUCAGAGAUCGACUUAGAAGUAGAGUAUCGUAGUUCCUAUCUGAAGCUCUUACUGGGCGUACAAGCCUCACAAGAAGAGUCCAAUCAAAAGAGUCAGUAUGACAAUUCAAGGCAAGAAGUUGGGGUCUCAAGCAAUCAUGGAAGCUUCCAAGUAUCAUUAAAAAUGUCUCCCGGUGAUUGUAGCUCAGAAGUUAAGAAUUUACGAUCACUGAAAGGGACCACAAAAUCUUCUGAUGAUAGUUAUGAACCAUAUUGUAGCUAUCAGCAGGAUGGGGAUGUUUUGAGUUGUCAGAAACCUGAGCUGCCUGAACCCUGUUCGAAAAAACACAAAGGGAGCUUCCAGAUUCCAGAUAUUAAUGAAUGCACAAGUUGUAUUGAUGUCGAACAAGGUACAGAAAAACCACCAGGUCGUGAAUCAAUGCAGCUUAGUCCAACGGAUGAUGCUACCUUAAAGGCAAAAGGAAAAACGAAAUUGAAGGAGAAAAAAGAGGCGUUUGAUUGGGAUAGUUUAAGAAGAGAAGCACAAGUUAGGGAAGGAAAAAGAGAAAAAUCAACAAGGACAAUGGACACUGUGGACUGGGAGGCAAUACGAGCGGCGGAUGUUAGUGAAGUUGCUGAAACUAUCAAGAGUCGCGGCAUGAACCAUAAACUUGCGGAACGUAUACAGAGCUUCCUUGAUCGACUGGUCAGCGACCAUGGAAGUAUAGAUCUUGAAUGGUUGAGAGAUGUUCCACCUGAUAAAGCAAAAGAAUAUCUUCUGAGCUUUAAUGGAUUGGGUCUAAAAAGCGUAGAGUGUGUGCGGCUUCUAACAUUGCACCAUCUUGCCUUUCCGGUUGAUACAAAUGUUGGGCGCAUAGCCGUUAGACUUGGAUGGGUGCCCCUUCAACCGCUCCCAGAGUCACUGCAGUUGCAUCUUCUAGAAAUGUAUCCUGUUCUUGAAUCUAUUCAAAAGUAUCUUUGGCCUCGGCUGUGCAAACUAGAUCAAAAAACAUUGUAUGAGUUGCACUACCAAAUGAUUACUUUUGGAAAGGUGUUUUGCACAAAGAGCAAACCUAAUUGCAAUGCAUGUCCCAUGAGAGGAGAAUGCAGACAUUUUGCCAGUGCCUUUGCAAGUGCAAGACUUUCUUUACCCGGUACAGAGAAAGGCAUGGGGACACCUGAAAAUAAUCCUUUGCCUCUGCACCUACCAGAGCCAUUACAGAGAGAUCAUGGGUCAGAAGUAGUAAAGCACGCAGAACCAGCAAAAAAGUUCACAUGUUGUGAACCAAUCAUCGAAGAGCCAGCAUCACCGGAGCCAGAAAGCGUACAAGUAACAAUAGCUGAUAUAGAGGAUGCGUUUUUUGAGGAUCCGGAAGAAAUUCCUACAAUCAGGCUAAACAUGGAUGCUUUCACCAGUAAUUUGAAGAAAAUAAUGGAACACAACAAGGAGCUUCAAGACGGAAACAUGUCCAGCGCUUUAGUUGCACUUACUGCUGAAACUGCUUCUCUUCCAAUGCCUAAGCUCAAGAAUAUCAGCCAAUUGAGGACAGAACACCAAGUUUAUGAACUUCCAGAUGGGCAUCCUCUUCUAGUUCAUUUGGAGAAGAGAGAACCUGAUGACCCAUGCUCUUACUUACUUGCUAUUUGGACGCCAGGUGAGACGGCUGAUUCCAUUCAACCAGCUGUAAGUAAGUGUAUAUCCCAAGCAAAUGGUAAGCUUUGUGAUGAGGAGACUUGUUUCUCCUGCAACAACAUCAAGGAGGCAAGAUCUCAGACUGUAAGAGGGACAAUCUUGAUUCCUUGUAGAACCGCAAUGAGAGGUAGUUUCCCUUUGAAUGGGACUUAUUUUCAAGUUAAUGAGGUUUUCGCUGAUCAUGGUUCCAGCCUAAAUCCAAUCGAUGUCCCAAGGGAUUGGAUAUGGAAACUGCCUAGAAAAACGGUCUUCUUUGGAACCUCUAUACCUUCGAUAUUCAAAGGCUUACCUACAGAUAAGAUACAACAAUGUUUCUGGAAAGGGUAUGUAUGUGUGCGUGGAUUUGAUCGAAAGACUAGAGGACCUAAGCCUUUGAUUGCAAGAUUGCACUUCCCUGCGAGCAAAAUGAAGGCACAACAAGCUAACCUCGCCUAAUCCAAGUGGCAAGGAGAAAGACAAAUACAGCUUUUGGUUAGAGAGAGAGAGAGCACAUUGGUCCAGUCUAGUAAAUGUAAGAAAGUGAAACGUGAAGUUCACAGUCCUAGAGUUGUGUUUUGUGUUUUUAAAUUCUAGUUGAGUUUCGUCUUAAUUUGUAUCAAAUACUUAAGUCAUAAGAGACAGACCCGUAGUCUGAAUCAUUCUGUUUACUUUAUUUUAGUACUCUCCCAACUAAUGUAGAUUUUGAAGCACGUCUCUUGCUUCAGUGUGAUGUUUGGUUUACA